CAAUUCAUCAAGUUAUUAAUAUUUAUCCAGUACAAACUUCACACGAUAUCAGGGCGCUGGGAACUAGUUUUUAUUACAGUCCAAUUGCAAGUACUGAGACCGCCAGUUCGCCAUGUAUGUCGUUGGCUAAGUGCCUAUUCAUGAAGAUUUUGCAGUAGGACUGACCGUGAGGUUUAGGCAAAGUACGAUGAAUAUCGGCUUAUUUGAAUGAAAAAGAAAUAAGAUAAAGUAAGGAUAUAUGAAAAGAGAUGUCCGGGUUAACUAAGAAAACAAAGAAAACGUCAUCUCUUGAAGCAGAACUGUAUUAUCUGAUCGCAAAAUUUCUGAACACUGGACCAUGCAGAAAAAGUGCAGAGAUUCUUCGGCAAGAGAUCGAGGAAUACCAGCUUAUGCCUUGUCGUAUAGAUUGGCUUGGAAACUAUCAUCAAAGAAGUUUUGAAGAUUUGGAACAAAGUUAUCCUCAUAUAUCACAUGACCAUCUCCUGAAAAUAUGUUCUCGACUUGGACCAGUGUUAGACAAAGAGGUACCGUCCAGUGUUCCAGGUGUUCAAACCCUUUUAGGGGCUGGCAGACAGUCUUUGUUAAGGACAAAACAGAAUGCUUUGACAGCAACAUGGAGAGUUUCAGAGAUGACUGCCCGCCGUCACGGAUGCCCGUUUUUACCUCCUUCAUAUACACGAUCAUUGUACCCUCCUAAUAUAGUAUAUGGACUUUAUGCAAGAGAAGCUAGUGGUCCAAUGAAAUGUAUUCAUCUCGCUUCAUCCAAAAUGUAUGCGAAACAACAGCUGUAUCGUCGCAUGCUGGGUCAUUUGUCUUCCGUAUACUGUGUUCUCUUUGAUAGAACAGGAAAAUACAUUUUUACAGGAGCAGAUGAUACACUUGUUAAAAUCUGGAGUGCUUGGGAUGGGCGAUUACUCUCAUCUCUCAGAGGUCACUCUGCGGAAAUCACCGAUAUGGCUGUCACAUAUGACAACAGUCUCAUCGCAGCCAGCAGUGUGGACAAAAUAAUCAGAGUCUGGUGUCUUCGAACGACUGCUCCAGUUGCAGUACUUACUGGGCACACAGGAAUGGUGACCUCUUUACAGUUUUGUCCUUAUCCUAAAGGCAGCCUUCACUACUUAAUAUCAACAGGGAAUGAUGGAUGUGUGUGUUUCUGGCAGUGGAGCACAAAAACUACCAUUUUCAACCCAAAACCUCUUAAGUUUACAGAAAGAAACAGAGCUGGAGCCCAGAUGAUUUGUUCUUCCUUCAGCUCAGGUGGUAUUUUCUUAGCAACUGGAAGUACAGAUCACCAUGUUCGAGUCUACAAUAUUUUGGGGAACAGUGAACCUGAGAAAAUCAUGGAAUUAGAAUUUCAUUCAGAUCGAGUAGAUAGCUUACAGUUUAGCCACAUAGGUUGUAGGUUUAUUACCGGUAGCAAAGAUGGCACAGCUCUUGUAUGGUGGUAUGAACGACAGAAAUGGAACACCACUUGCCUAAAGAUGACUGCUAAACUUCCAGGUGUUCCUCCUGAUGAAGGGGAAGAUACAAAAUUGAAACUGAAAGUUACAAUGGUCGGAUGGAGUCUUGAUGACUCUCUUGUUAUUACAGCAGUCAAUGACCACUCGCUUAAAGUCUGGGAUUCCUACACUGGCACCUUGAAGCACAUACUGAAUUGUCAUGAAGAUGAAGUUUUUGUCUUGGAAACACAUCCGACAGAUACAAGAAUAUUGCUGAGUGCGGGUCACGAUGGUCGAAUUGUAUUGUGGGACAUAAUAUCUGGGGUUGUGAUAAAAAGCUUUUUCAAUACAAUUGAAGGACAGGGUCACGGAGCUGUGUUUGACUGUAAGUUUUCCUUUGAUGGACUUAUGUUUGCCUCUACAGACUCACAUGGUCAUAUUAGUAUCUUUGGACUUGGUUCCAAUGAGCGAUACAAAAAGGUGCCAGAGGAACAGUUUUUCCACACGGAUUAUCGACCACUGAUUCGUGAUUCUAACCAGCAUGUCCUGGAUGAACAGACACAAUGUGCCCCACACCUGAUGCCACCACCGUUCCUUGUCGAUAUAGAUGGGAAUCCUUACCCCCCUCACUUGCAGCGACUUGUUCCUGGAAGAGAAAAUUGUAAUGAGUCUCAGCUUAUUCCAUACAUUGCUGUCUUAGCUGAAGGGCAAGCAGAAAUUCUCGAACCAAUACGACCAGUGGAAAAUGACCAACAGAGACGAACUAUUGAUGAAAUGAUUGAAAGACUUCAGCAACAGCAGAAUGUUCGUCGAGUGAAUCCCCCAGGAACCCCUGGAGGAGGAGGGCGAGAAAAUGAUCGAAAUGCUCAAGGCCCUCUCUCACCUCGUCUGCUAGUCCAAAGAUCAUUAUCUGGACACAGUCGAGUAGGCAUGAGACGUAACGGAGAUAUAGAGGGCGUUAGACAGUCCAGUGGCAACUGGCAGUCUCGUGGGCAGUUUUCUGGUGGUCCUUCAUGGCUAAAGAAAGUAGUUGUGAAACCAAUGUCUUUUCAACAAGUUCAUCAGCACGAGAGAGUGAGGCAAGCGGCAGCUGAUCAUGAGCUGGCACAUUUUAACCGUGAGAAAAGAAAAAAACCAAUACGUGAUGUGCAAGAGGAAGAAACUGACAGUUUGAAGAUAAGACGGCAAAGACGUAGUACUCGUAAGCAGCAACAGCAACAGAAUACUAGGACAAGGUCAGUUAGGGAACUAACGAGGAACAAUCGUUAUGCUGAAGAUUUUGAGAAUCCAGAGGAAAUAAGCAUUAGCAGCUCAAAUCCUUCAGAAAGUAGCGAUGAAGAUGGUAGAACGUGGGCAGACAGUUCUAGUGGUGAGGCAGGAACAGACUCACCAGAACAUUCAGAUUGGACUGCCGAUGUUGGUGUGAGCUUAGACUCUUCAAGAAAGAAAACAAGAACACUAAGAUAUCAAUCUAACGAGGAAGACGAUGAAGGAGAAGAAGAAACGCAAGCCAAAGAAGAAGAAGAAAGAAAAGAACGCAAGCGAAAACAGAACAAACGAAGAAACAGAAAAAUAAAAGAAGUGCCUGAGGAAUAUAAACCCCCUGAAUGGCUCACAGAUGUAAUUCCCCAUAAGACUCCAUAUGUUCCUCAAGUUGGAGACGAAGUGGUUUAUUUUCGGCAAGGACAUGAACUAUACAUUAAAGCUGUCAGAAAAGGAAAGAUAUAUGAUAUCAGUUUAAAAAAUCAGCCUUUCAGGAAACACAACUUGAGGGAACAAGAACUAGUUCGUGUAGAAGACAUAAAGUAUGAAAUACGGCCUCCACGUUUGUGUCAUCUCCAGUUAGUCAUGAUCGAUCCAGAAACUGGAGAUCCUACAGGAGAAAGUUUUACUUUAAAGUACCAUGAUAUGGCUGAUGUUAUUGACUUCUUAGUGUUGCGCUAUUACUACAAUCAAGCGAUGGAGCGACACUGGAAGGCUGCUGAUCGCUUUAGGUGUAUCAUAGAUGAUGCUUGGUGGCUUGGAAGGAUUGAUCAUCAAGAACCUUUACAAGAGGAAUACCCUGACUGCAUGUUCCAGUGUUUUUUUGUAAUGUGGGACAACCAAGAGAUGGAAAGAAUGAGCCCUUGGGAUUUCGAACCUUUAGAUCUCAGUCGAUUACCUGAUGAGCAAGGUGGCAGUAUAGAUGUUACUGAUGAUGAGAGGCUUGCUAUGAAGUAUGUUCCAAAACCAAGUGAGUGGCCGAAGUGUGGUCAAGAUCAGGAGUGUGAUCGACUGGCGAGAGGACUGGAGCAGGUUAUCGAACUAGCUAUAGCUGAACCAUUCAUGGUACCCGUGGACUUAAAUCGCUACCCUGUCUAUGCUCUUGUAGUUGAGUAUCCGAUUGACCUGAGUACAAUUAAAGCUAGAUUGGAAAACCGUUUCUACAGACGUCUGGAAGCUGUGAAGUUUGAUGUGAAGUUUAUUGAAAAGAAUGCCAAGAAGUUUAAUGAACCUAAAAGUCAUAUUGUAAAACAAGCUAACAUCAUUACAGAAGUUUUACUUCGCUUUAUUGAAACCUCAGACUGUACUGAUCCAAUGUUAUUGUAUCAAGAAAUAAUGGAGGCCCGACAGACUCAGUCCCUUCUCUCAGAGAGUGAUGAUGAUGAUGUCACAACCUCAGACACUGAAGAUGAAGAAAAUGGAGAAGAGGACCAAAGUGCUGAAAUAAAAUAUCAUGAAAAAAGAAGGAAAAAAAGUCUAGAGAAUAAACCAACUAAACGAAAGCGACUACAGUCUCGAGAAUGUACUUCUAGUACCUGGAUCAAACAGUGUCUUGAUUUGAUAGAGCUUAUAUUUGAAUGUGAAGACUCAACUCCUUUUAGGCAGCCAGUUGACCAAUCAGAGUAUCCUGACUACAGAGAUAUUAUUGACCACCCCAUGGAUCUUAGCACAGUGAAAAAUAAGCUACAGACUGGAAGUUACGGCAGUCCUGUGGAAUUCUGUAAAGAUAUGAGACUUAUCUUUCAAAACUCCAGGAAUUACAAUACUAAUAAGAGAUCAAAGAUCUAUGGAAUGACAAUUCGGUUAUCAGCAAUGUUCGAAGAGCACAUCAGAGGAAUUGUCAGUGACUGGCGUUCAGCAGUGAAGUAUGAGGAAAAGGUCCGGAACAAUCAAUAUGUCAGUAAUCGUAGAAAGCCACUACAGCUGUCAAUUGCUGAUUGGUCUCAUCCAUCAGGAAAUCAUCCUGCUUUAAGGAGUGCAUUAACUUCAAGUCAAGGUCGACAAGAACCAUCGAGUGUUGCGGCCAGCCAUUCUCGCUGGGUGGCCGAAGGAGAAGCUAGUUCUUCAAAUGGUGGAGAAGGGACUUCUAAGAAAAAAAAGGGGUCUCAGAUCCUAAAAGAGGGUGAGAAAAAGAAGUUAGAAGAAAAUAGUCAGAUAAAUUUCACUUCAAAAAUAAUAGAAGAAAACACGUCUACCUCUAAGGAUUUUUUGGGAAAACACAUAAGUAAUGGUGUUGUGAAGAAAAAACGAUCUCUUCGUUCUUCAGCUGAUACAAGCAGAAGAGAAAGUCCUGUUUCCAUUGAUGCUCAUGACAGUGAUCGUGAUCAGUCUGAAGAUGAAAAUUUACCAUCUUCCAGUAAGAAAAUGGAGAGAAACAAGAAUGUUUACGUACCACCAAAUAAUGACCAUAGGUAUCAUAAGCAAGACAUUAGCAACGAGUCUUUGAAAAAUAGAAGUGAUCUAACUGAUGAGGAUCAUAGAAAGUCUAAGCGACGAAAGUCAGCAAAAAAUAAAGUAGACAAAUGUGAAAGUUCCUGUAAUGUAAAUCAAAGGGACACAUCAGGUUCUGAAAGUGAAAAACAGCCUAGUUCUUCAGCAUCGAAACGAAUGUUGUCAAGAAAGAGAAAACAUUUCUCAGAUUCCAAAACUAGUCAGGAUGGCAAUACAUCUGAGGACAGAGUUUCAAGAAGAGCAAUGAAGAAAGCAAACCUUCAUCUUGAUGAAGAUUCUCAAAGUGAUGAAGAAGAAAGUGAUGGAGAAAUAACUUUGAAAUUACCUAAAGGUUCACAAAGGAAUAUAAAGAAUAUCAGUAAAAAUUUAAAAACAGAACAUUGGGAUGAAAUGACGUCUACAGAAGAAGAGAGUGAAGAUGAACCAAGAGACAAAAAUUAUUUUGGAAAGAGAAAGAAGUUCAACAAAAUCAUACAAUCAGAAGAUAGUCUUUCUUCAGAAGAAGACGAUUGUAGAACAGAAAACAGUAAAAUAGUAGGAAAAUCUGUGAAAGAAUUAAGACCUUUAAACAAAUCCUCAAAAAAUUAUAAUGAGAGUAGACAGAUGUGUAAAGAUAAGCUAAGGGGUUCAAACUCUCAAAAAUCUAAUCCUGAAUUAUCAAGAUACAAUGUGAGAAUUUUAAGGAAUCCAACACAAUCUAAAAAUGCUUUUUCAGAUGAUUCUAGUGAUAAAGAUAGUAGUGAUAGUGAAUCAACAUCAGAUAGUUCCGAGUCCAGUGAAAGUUCUAGUGACUGUAGCUCAGAUAGUGAAUCUGAAUCUAGAACAAGUGAAUCUCAGGAGUUGUCUAAUUCCAAAGGUUAUUCUAGUGCUAGAAAAAAAAGUGGGAUUAGGCGCUCAUCACGAACUGCCACUCGUAACAGCACCAGAGCUACACGAAGUGCCUUAACCCCUAGCCAGUCAUUAGAAGCUCCUUCUAGACGGUCACGAAGGAUACAGACACGCAAUAAAAAAGUUCACUACCAAGAAGACUCUGAACAAGAGUAUGAAAGUAGUCAAACCAAUGAGAGCAUUGACUCUCAGGUGCGAGAAGCCCUAUCAGUGAGUAGUCGUGGUCGUGUGCGCAAACUUUCUCGUCAUGCAAGGGCAAUGAUUGCUGAAUAGAAUAUGACUAAAAGAGUAAAAGCACUCUUCCUCUGUGAUUGAACUAAUACAUUUUUUAAUCAUUCAUUGUCAUAAAUUUUCCUUUAUGUUCCAUAUGUGCCAUUACAGAUAAGUCAUCCAUGGUUCGUUCCUUUAUCUAUCUAAGGAACAACAUUUGUAAUUUUGAUGCAUAAUUCGUAUGAAAUAUGAUUGUGAAAAGAAACAUGUUGCAUUCCUUCCAAGUUAAAAAUGUGUAAACUAUGAAAUAGAUUUCUGUUUGAAAAAUGAUUGACUAGCCUUUCUCAGGGUAGGAAAGGAAUUUGAUUAAACACAUGUUAGGAAGCUCAGAAAUAUCUUUUAGUAAAGAAAACAAUAAUAGUUAUUAAUAAUUUUAUAAAAUUUGUAUUCCAUGUAAGUCACCUUUGUAACAUAGCAUUGUUCAAUUUGAUUCUUUGAAUGAAACUUUUUAAUAUCUUCACAAUUUUCUAUUACACAUGUGGGGACCAAAGUAACGAUGAGUAUUGAUGGAACUAGUUAUGUAUAUUAAUGUGAAAUUAAGAGCUUUGACUUGUUUUGCUUAUCUUUUAUAGUAUUUGUUUUUUCCAUGAACCUCUUCUAUAACUAAAAGACAAAAACAAUCUCAUGUUUAUAUUUCCAGUUGUUUAUUGCUAGUUUUUUCAUCAUAUUCUGCAAGAAAAUUAACAUUUUUGAGGUUAAUUACAGUUGUCCAAACUAAUAUAUAAAUGCUCAUGCUGCUUGAUCUAAUAUCAAAUGUCUUAUGACUAAUUUUUGUAACAAAAUUCAUGAUGCAGUGUCAAUUCAGUUUGUUCAUUUCUGUUGGGAUCUUAGAAGGAACUUGCUUAUCAUUUACCAAGCAAACUUAUAAACUCAUAGGCAACCGCUAGUAGUAAAAAAAAGAUUAGCUGAAAAACUGAAAAGAAAAACUAGGAAAAUGUAACAGUAUUGAAAUAUUUUAAAUAUAUCUAAUGUUGUUCUGAGAAAUGUUAGCUAAAAGCUUUAUAAUGAAAUAUAUCACAUGAAAUCUGAUAAAAAUCGAACAUCAGUUUUCUUCACUGUAACUACUAUUAUUAUUGUUUAUUGGGUGACGAGAACCUACUAAACAAAUCCUAAGUAUAGUUCUACAACUAAGUAGUUAUUAAGAUUUGGGCAUUCUGAGUCUACUGCAGAAAGUAUUUUUAAGUUAUCUAUAUGAUACUCAUCUUCUGUAAUUUUUUUUUCAAGGCUAAUGUUUUGUUUUUGAUUUUUUUUUAUAAUCAAAAUCUUGCAAUUAUAAGAAGAGAAAACCGUUGUAUUUAGUUACAGAAAAUAAUAAUGAUAAGCCUGGUUGCCAUUUGACUGUGUAUUGACUUACAAAUAAGAACAACAGAUAUCUUAACACUUGUUAAAUUACAUCAUGUUCUCUAGAAAAUAUUGUUACUGUUCCAGUUGUAUUAUUAUUGAUUUGAUAUAAAAAAAAAAUAUGUAUAGGAAAAAUAUUUAUAUGUUUAGAAUUGAAGAAGCUAGAAAGAUACAUUUGAAAAUUACCUCCUGUGCUAGAAUUGUGUAUCAUAAGUUUAUCAAAAAUUAUUGAAAAAUUUAAGAAGGUAAUAACACAUAACCUUAAUUAUUGUUUAAAAUAAACUUUUACUAGGAGCUAUAGCAUGAUAAUCAGUGGAUCAUAUAAUGUGUUAAAAAAAAUCAGCAUAAUUUAUAGCUACAGCAAUUUAUUGUUGUGGCAGUCUUUCUCUUUGUAAAUGUAUCAUGAAUGGGGGGGUGCACCAAAGAACAAAAAAUAAUGUAGUAAAACUUACAUUACCUCUGUAAAUAAAGUUUAUGCAAAAAUAUCUUUAAAUAGUUCACAUCCUUGUAUUUUCUUGAGGGAGAAGACAUUUCCUCAUUAUUACACAAUUUAAAGAUUUGCCAGGAAUGAGAGAUUGAGAUUAUGUUUGAUGGGACUCCACAAAAAAUAUUUUCUAUGACUUUAUGGAGUACAUUCUCAUUGAAAAACGAGUAUUCUAAACUAAUAAACAAUGUGGGUAACUUAUUCUCAACUGUAAUGACCUAUAACCAUGAACUCUUUUAGAACAGUGGUUACCAAUCUUUUUAGAGACCGACAGAAUUUUUACUGACUAGUAAUUAAACACAACAUAAUUAAAGGUUUUGAUGUUAACUAAGUUUACCAACUAUGGAACUUUCAUGUUUUAUUAAGUGAUAAUUUUGUGGUCUUUAUAACCUCCGUUUAUAAUGCACCAUGUGGUCAAGUAACUUUUAACCUCCUUUUUUUUUGUUUGACUGUCAUUUGCAUCAUAAUUUAUUCAUUAACAGGAUUGAAAUAUGUAUGUUUAUAAUACUGAUGAUAAAAUUCAUGAAUUUUGUUAAUUUACUACUUUUUGUACAGCAAAAUGCCACAAAUAAAGCAUUUGAUCAAACAUAA